UAGCUGAUUUUCUACAAAGCUUUCGAUGAAGAUAGUAGAUGAAGAUGGGAAUUAAAGAUUGGCUAAAGAAAGCGAAAGAAGAACUAUAUUCUAAACAGCUAUGGAAAUCGUUAAGAGCUGAAUUUUUCGGCAGUAUUUUGUAUGUUAUAUUUGGUUGCGGAUGCACAACAAAUUGGACGAAUGACACCGUUGUAAAACUUUUUGCAUCUGUUUUGUCUUUUGGAAUUUCGUACUCAAUACUUGUGAAAACUUUAGGACCGACAAGUGGAGGACAUUUUAACCCAGCUGUGACAAUUUCGUUACUUUGUACACGAUAUAUAUCACUUUUGAGAGGACUUUUUUACAUCCUGGUCCAAAUAAUUGGAUCUAUCUGCGGUGCAGCAAUUUUAUAUGGAAUUAUACCAAGUGAAAUUCGGCAUGACCUCGGCGUGACUAAAGUUCAUAAAAACGUUGAUAACGUUCGUGCAUUUGGAGUCGAGUUUCUCGCAAUGUUUAUCGUUAUUUUUACAUAUUUUUCCAAUUUGGAGAAUAAAAAUAAUGUAUUAGUCCCAGAAUCAGUCGUAUGUGGAUUGUCAAUAAGUCUUUCACAGUUGUUUGCAUUCAAUCUUACAGGUGCUAGUGUAAAUCCAGCACGGUCGUUUGGUCCUGCCUUAAUCCACAACUCCUGGGAAAAUCACUGGAUAUACUGGGUCGGACCAAUACUAGGAGGUAUUUUUGGAGGUUUCACACACGAAUAUACAAACAAGCAUUCAACAGAUUUACAAAACUAUCAGACAAGUUUGAGACAACAUGUGUAUAGUCUACAAAGGAAAGAAGAUGGUGCUAGUUCCAAUUCGAUAGCAACUGAAUUAGCAUGUGACCAGGAACCAAUAGAAGAACUGCAAAUCUGAUUAUAUUAUUUGAUUAAUUUUUCCAGACUGGGCGUGGACUAAAUGGCUAUAUAAUAUUAAGCGGGGCGUAUAACAUUUCCCCGCAUUUUUGAAUUAAUACAUCUUCGGUUAAUUUUAUUUCCAAACAUAGUUUAAAACUGAGAAUGGAAAUGGGGAAUGUGUCAAAGAGACAAUAACCCGACCAAAGAGCAUAAAAUAGCCCAAGGCCACCAAUGGGUCUUCAACACAGCGAGAAAAUCCCUCUCCCGGAGGCGUGCUUCAGCUUAAAUAUAAGUAAACGCAACAUUUUGAAAUAAAAAAACUGAACGUGAUGAAAAAAAAAAUGUUUUCAAUAUAUAUUUAAAAAAUCAAAAUAUAUCAAAUUAAAAGGAAGAAUCAAAGAUUAAAACAAGUUUUCAAAUUAAAGUUUUUACUUUGUAAUUCCCGUCAUCUUCUACGAUAACAUCGAAUUGUCAAAACUGACAAUUAAACAGGAUGUCUACAAAAAAAUAUAACGAUCAUCACGUCUUUGAUUAAUAUACGAGUAGUAACUAGUAAAUAAACUUUAUUAAAAAGGUGGAGGUAUCUAUAAUUUAAGGAAUGACCAAUCAAUUAAAAUUUAUUCAGUAAUGUAAUGCAUAAACAUUUUUAAUCAUGUUAUUUCACCCUACCUGUAACAGAAACAGAAAUCUUAGAUUUUGUAAUAAAUAUUUAUGUACAUGUAUAUUUAUGAACAGUUGGGAAAACAAGGUUUAAUAAA